AUGUGUAUACUUUGUGGUCCAUUAAUAUUUCAUAUAAAAGAUCACUAGUGAUGACAGUACUCUAGUUGAUGUAAUCAAUUGUUAUUAAUAAUUCUGACAAAAAAAACGGAAACAUGAGACGUAAGGCAGGUAUAGGAGCGAUUCAUAAACAAAAACUAGAGCAAGAAAAGUAUAAAGACAAAGGCACAGCAAUUCAGGAAAAUCAGUUCGAACAGAUGACCAAGCACAUGGAGAUGUUCAGAACAAACCUCGAAGAAUUCGCCACCAAACACAAGAACGAGAUAAAAAAGAACGCACAAUUCCGUCGACAAUUUACAGAAAUGUGUGCGUCAAUAGGUGUUGAUCCUCUGGCAUCUGGAAAAGGUUUCUGGUCAGUGCUGGGCAUCGGAGAUUUUUAUUACGAACUAGCAGUACAGAUUGUCGAAGUUUGUUUGGCUACGAAUUACAAGACUGGUGGUUUGAUUUCACUUGAUGAGCUGAGAGAUCGAUUGAUCCAAGCUAGAGGCAGGCGGAAGGAACAUCAAGAAAUAACCAAUGAAGAUUUGUUGGCAGCAGCUAAAAAAUUGAGAAUAUUCGGCAGUGGUUUCUCCGUACUCCCUAUUGGCAGAGGAAAGUAUUUGGUACAGUCGAUACCUGGUGAGCUGAGCAUGGAUCAUACAGCUGUGCUCCAGCAGACGAGUAUUACAGGAAACGGUUAUGCUUCCGUGUCGCUGUUAGAAAGUGAACUAAAAUGGGAACGUGAUAGAGCACAGAAGUCACUUGAUCAUAUGGUUAAACUGGGACUUGCUUGGCUAGAUGAGCAAGAUGAUAAUGAGAUACUUUACUGGUUCCCCAGUCUAUUCACAGCUUGUGUUGACUCUAAUACUUGUUAAAAUAAAAUAACUGAUAAUAAUAAUAUAAUUUUUUUAAAUAUAGUAAAUUUAACACAGCUUGCAGUUGAAAUAAACUUGAAACUUUGUCACCUCGCACCAUCACCAUGAUCAAACCUAAAUAAAAUAUUUAAAAGGAUUAAUGUAUCAAUGCAAUAAAUGAAUAACUUACUUUACAUGCCUUCAGAUCUUGCUGAAGACUCUCAACUACAGUUUCAUAUUCUCUAAUUAUUAAAUUUCUUUCAUCAGCGCUAAAAAUGUGAAAAAAAAAUAAGUACAAAUAAAGUGUGUAAUUUUAAUUUAUAACUCAUGUAUCGUAAUAAA